AAAAAUUACAUAAUUUCAUUUCUCUCUUUCAUUCUCAUUAAUUAAAAACUUGCAUAUUUUCCUCAUUUUGUUCAUUAGAAUGAAAGAAUAUUGGACUUCUCUUGCAUCAAUUCUUGGUGUAUUUGCUUUCUGCCAAACAAUCCUACAAACAGUUUUCCCACCAGAGCUUCGUUUCGCUUCAGCGAAACUUCUUAACAGAAUCUUUAACUGCUUCUCAACUUACUGUUACUUCGAAAUAACAGAAAUUGACGGCGUUAACACCAACGAACUCUACAACGCAGUUCAACUUUACCUAAGUUCCUCCGUUUCAAUCACCGGUAACCGUUUAAGCCUAACACGCGCCGUUAACUCAAGCGCCUUCACAUUCGGUCUAGCAAACAAUGACAGUAUCGUUGAUACAUUUAACGGCGUUAACGUCGUUUGGGAACACGUCGUUACACAGAGAAACUCUCAAACAUUUUCAUGGCGUCCAUUACCAGAUGAAAAACGCGGUUUCACUCUUCGAAUAAAGAAAAAUCACAAACACUUGAUUUUAAACUCUUAUUUGGAUUACAUUAUGGAAAAAGCGAGUGAUAUUCGUAGAAAAAAUCAAGAUCGUUUGUUAUACACAAAUUCAAGAGGUGGAUCGUUGGAUUCAAGAGGUCAUCCAUGGGAAUCUGUGCCGUUUAAACAUCCAAGUACUUUUGAUACAUUGGCUAUGGAUCCUGAAAAGAAGAAAGAAAUUAUGGAAGAUUUGAUUGAUUUUGCAAAUGGACAAAGUUUUUAUCAUAAAACGGGUCGGGCUUGGAAAAGAGGGUACUUACUUUAUGGUCCACCAGGAACUGGAAAAUCUAGCAUGAUUGCUGCUAUGGCUAAUUUUCUUGGUUAUGAUAUUUAUGAUUUGGAAUUAACUGAAGUUCAUAAUAAUUCUGAACUUAGAAAGCUUCUUAUGAAAACUAGUUCUAAAUCGAUUAUUGUUAUUGAAGAUAUUGAUUGUUCUAUUAAUCUCUCUAACAGAAAAAAGAACAAAAAUAACGGUUCUGCUGUUAGUUCUGUUAAUUCUGUUUCAGUUUCGUCGAGGAGUUAUUAUGAUACCGGUGUUGGUGGUGGUGGUGAAGAGAAUGGUAAUUCAAUAACGCUUUCUGGUUUAUUGAAUUUUACUGAUGGAUUAUGGUCUUGUUGUGGUAGUGAGAGGAUUUUUGUUUUUACUACGAAUCACAUUGAGAAGCUUGAUCCUGCUUUGUUAAGGAGUGGGAGAAUGGAUAUGCAUAUUUUUAUGAGUUAUUGUUCAAUGCAAGCUUUGAAGAUUUUGUUGAAGAAUUAUUUGGGUGUUGAUUUGGAUGACUCUGUUUUGAAGGAAUUGGAGGAAGUUAUUGAAAUGGCGAGGAUGACACCGGCUGAUAUAAGUGAGGUUUUGAUUAAGAAUAGGAGGAAGAAAGAGAAAGCUGUUGAUGAAUUGUUGGAGAUUUUGAAGGUGAGAGGUGAAAGGAAUGGAAAGAAUGGUGAUGUGAGAGAGAAAGAUGAUGGUGAUGAUGAUGAAGAGGAAGAGCAAGAGAAAAGGGCACUUGAUAGUGAUAGUCCUAAACAAGAAUCUGAGAUUGAAGAUGAUUGCAAGGAAGGAUUAGAGGAAGAAGAGAAGAUUAAGUGAUUCAUCAUCAUUGAUCAUGGAAAUUGUAAUGAUAUUAUUAUUAUUGAUGACUUGUUUCUAAUGAAUUAAUGAUUCAUCUGUU